AUGCAGGCUCCACGUCAGGAUCUUUUCCAAUGCUCCACAUGUGCCAAAACUUAUACACGAAUUGAUCAUCUAGCGCGUCAUGUCAGAUCACAGAACGGUACUAGUAAGCGCCGUCGCAUCCGACCGCCUUUGGGUAAACCAGGUCGUGUCUCUCAGGCAUGUGAAGCUUGCUCGGAGAGCCACCUUAAAUGCGAAGACGAGAAGCCUUGUCGUCGUUGUCAACAAAAAGACAUCCCGUGUAUACCAAUCAAAUCCGCCUAUUCCUUCCAACACCACAAUACUCCAAUCCAGGGACAAGAGCAACUUCAGCUCCCAAAUCUGCCUACCCCUGAUCAAACAGACCUUUCAUCCCCUAGAAAUAAAGCUCAGUCUAUGGGGGACACUGACCCAGCCCUGCCACCUCAUUUUUUGUUGUCGCGAUCUCGGUCGCAGUCUUGCGUUGAAGGCGAUGACCAACCGUAUGAGGAGCAACCUCGGAUACCGAGCCCAUCAAUCCCAUCGCAGAUAUUAUCUUUUCAUAACCCUGGGUACGAUGAAAAUGAAGCGAUAUCUCUCACGCCAUCAUCAAGCAACAUACCUCAUGGUUUUUUGGAUAUCAAUCCUUUCCUGAGUGGAUCAUGCACCCCUAGCGGAUAUCACUUUGGACUCAAGACUAGCUUGGAUUUGAGUGUACUAGAUCUCAAUUUUCUGGAAAACUUCGACCCCCAGGUCCAGUUUGGAGAAAAUCAUCAUCCCACAGUGCCGCCUCCUGAAUUUCCAGAGGCUAGCGGGAGACAUUCCAAGGCGGCCUUCCAGUCCAUCUGGCGCUUUGUACCGAUGUCUCAGAAUCAUGGAUACGCUGAGCAGGAAAAUUUAUCACUACCUGAUGAACCCGCUUUAUUGAAUCGUCCAGCCAGCAUCAAUAUAAUUACAAGGCUAGGCAAGGGGCAACUCUCUUCUCGGGAACGUGAUAAGAUUUUGGCCAUCAUUCAUCGACAACUACGUUCGCCCCUUCUUAAUCCCAUUUCCGUCUUCCCAACAGCGCCGCUACUCGACAAUCUCAUUCAAAACUUCCUUCAAAGUCCGAUCGGGUGUGGGAGCGACUGGAUUCACACCGCUAGCCUGGAUUUCAAAACCUGUCGUCCGGAGCUCCUAGCUGCUAUGUCAGCUGCUGGAGCAGUUCUUACGACUGCCCAUGUACCUCUUCAAAAAAUGGGCUUCGCAAUCCAGGAAGUUAUUCGGCAACACCAUGGUACUCUUUUCGAAGCAAACAACUCUGCAAUUCAAGAUCUAGAGCAGCUUCAAUCCUACCUAAUAUUGUUGCUUCUCGGAAUUUGGAGUGGUAACAAUCGCAAGAUUGAGAUCGCAGAGAGCUUUCAACAACCCUUGGUCACCAUGAUCCGUCGGCGUGGAGUAAUGAAUCGAGGAUGGUACAAACCAAUCACAGUUCAGCCUGAAGAUGACGGCAAAGUGCUCCAAGAGAAAUGGCAGAUGUGGGUUAUGCAAGAGUCUUUCAAAAGGCUGGCCUUGCAGUUUCUGCGCCAUAACUUUCACAUUUCCAUCUCCCUCCAGAUCGUUCCAUUGAUAUCAUAUGCCGAGGUUGACAUUCCCCUGUCGGCCCCGCAAUCAUGUUGGGAUGCACGCAAAGCUACUGAUUGGAAGGCUAUUGUUCUCGCUGAGCCAUCUCUCCUGAUGGGUCAAACCCCCUCACUGUCAGACUGUCUCAUGAACAUGGACCUCCUCGACGCGGCUCGAAAUGUGUGCGAUCUACAGAAGAGCUGUGAAGCGAUUCUCCAUUCCAUGUGGGGAAUGGUGUGGGAGUAUCAACAAUUAAACAAGCUCUUCCGGAAACAACCACGGUACUGGAACGGCGGGCUUAUUAUGAGCUCUCGAUAUGAAGAAAUGAUGAAAAUUUUGAAUAACUUCCGCAUAAUCUUUCCAGGUGAAAGCACCCAACUUUGGGAGCUGAUCGCAAUGAACUUGCAGCUCUCUAUUGAUGAGAUUCAGGCAUUUUGCUGCGCAGAAGAUCACGAGGAAACCAUCAGACUUAGACCUUCCAUUACCCGGUGGGCCACAAGUGACACUGGGCGUCGGGCCGUAUGGCAUGCUGGACAAAUAAUACGCUCUGCAAAAGACUGCAGUGCCUCUAUUCUUUCCGAGUUUGCUGGGAUCGCGGUUUACCAUGCUAGUCUGGCACUGUUGGCCUACUCGCUGACAAUAAAUACUGAGUCUACGUUGGGAGAUAGUUACCCUCAACUAUGCUUGCCAAGUGGAGAAAAGCGGUACAUCUGUCUUGAUGAGAUUGAGACUGCGGAUCUUCCGAUAUUCAUUGAGCUGGGACGAGGUAUACCUGGUAUACGGGGUCGCAGAACAUUGGAAGAGUUUACUCCCUUGGCAGAGCGGCACGCGAUGGUGGAAGUCUUGAUCGGAGUUCUGCGACCGGGAAUUUUGGACCAGGCGCAACCAAGCUUGCCUCUCAUCGAAACGCUUAUUCUUUUGAUGAACCAGUGCAAAGACACAAGCAACAGCGCAUGA